UGAACCAAUUCAGAAGGCACCUCUUCCUUCUCCUUCCUCUUCGUUCCACCGCUAUCAUCUCUCUCUCUCUCUGUCUGUCACGACUCCAAUGGCGGCAGUCUGCUCGAUGGAAGAUUUCCUCAAGCAGUGCGAGCAGUCCGGCGACGCCGCGUACGGCGCCUUCCGGUCUGUCCUCGAGAGGCUCGAGGACCCGACGACCCGAGCUCAGGCUCGGAUCUUCCUCUCCGCUCUACAGAAGCGGUUCGGCAACGAGGAGGCCUCCGAGAAAUGCCUCGAGAAGUUCCAUUUCCGGAUCGAGGACAUUGUCCUGGACCAGUACGAAGCUAGCCACAGUGGAAAUGGAACAGAUCUUUUGGGCUAUCAAAAGCGGAAAAAGCUGACGAUGAUGGUAAUACCAAGCAUUUUCAUCCCUGAGGACUGGUCAUUCACCUUUUACGAAGGAUUAAACCGAAAUCCUGACUCAAUCUUCAAGGACAAAACCGUAGCAGAGCUUGGAUGUGGCAACGGAUGGAUAACUAUUGCCAUUGCUGCGAAAUGGUUGCCGUCGAAGGUAUAUGGCCUUGACAUUAAUCCUAGAGCUGUCAAGAUUUCUUGGAUAAACUUGUACAUGAAUGCACUGGACGAAGAGGGCCUACCCAUACACGAUGAAGAGGGGAAGACUUUGCUGGACAGGGUGGAGUUUCAUGAAUCUGACCUUCUGGCAUAUUGUCGAGAUCGCAAUAUUAAACUAGAAAGAAUAGUUGGAUGCAUCCCGCAGAUUCUUAAUCCCAACCCAGAUGCGAUGUCUAAGUUGAUAACAGAAAAUGCAAGCGAGGAAUUCCUACAUUCACUGAGUAACUAUUGUGCACUUCAGGGGUUUGUAGAGGAUCAGUUUGGCUUAGGGCUAAUCGCCAGGGCUGUCGAGGAAGGAAUUGCUGUCAUCCAACCAAUGGGUAUCAUGAUCUUCAACAUGGGAGGUCGUCCAGGACAGGGCGUUUGUAGACGUUUGUUUGAGCGUCGUGGGGUUCGAGUUACAAAAUUAUGGCAAACCAAAAUCUUACAGGCUGCUGACACAGAUAUUUCAGCCUUAGUCGAAAUUGAGAAGAAUAGUCCACAUCGUUUUGAGUUCUUUAUGGGGCUAGCAAGUGAUCAGCCUAUUUGUGCUCGGACUGCAUGGGCUUAUGGAAAGGCUGGUGGUCGUAUUUCUCAUGCAUUAUCAGUAUAUAGUUGUCAACUUCGUCAACCGAAUCAGGUGAAGACGAUUUUUGAAUUUCUGAAGAACGGGUUCCACGAUGUCAGCAGCUCUUUAGAUUUAUCAUUUGAAGAUGACUCUGUUGCUGACGAGAAGAUACCUUUCCUAGCUUAUCUUGCCAGUGUUCUAAAAGAAACUUCAACCUUCCCCUAUGAGCCGCCAGCUGGAAGCAGGAGAUUCCGUAGUCUUAUUGCAGACUUCAUGAGAACUUACCAUCACGUUCCGCUACGUGCUGAUAAUGUUGUUGUCUUUCCUUCAAGAGCCGCGGCAAUUGAAAAUGCUCUUAGAUUGUUCUCGCCUCGACUUGCAAUUGUUGAUCAACAUCUAACACAUCAUCUACCAAGGAACUGGCUGACAUCUUUGGCAAUUGAGGAUAGCUUUAUUUGGAAAAAGGCCUUGGAAAAUAUUGUCCCAUCAAAUGUAAAAACUGCUGAUAAUACUUCAGACGAUGUACUUACAGUCAUCGAAGCACCAUGCCAGUCAGAUUUGAUGAUAGAGCUGAUAAAGAAGUUAAAACCACAAGUAGUCAUCACUGGGUUGGCUCAGUAUGAGGCUGUUACCACUUCAGCAUUCCAGCACCUUUUAGAUGUUACUAGUGACAUCCAAUCACGUCUUUUCAUAGACAUAUCUGAUCAUUUUGAGUUGUCCAGUCUUCCUGGCACCAAUGGAGUCUUAAAAUAUCUUGCAGCAAAUCCUCUGCCGGCACAUGCAGCAGUUCUAUGUGGUCUCCUGAAGAAUCAGGUAUAUUCGGACUUGGAAGUAGCUUUUGUAAUAUCAGAAGAGGAGGCCGUUUUUAAGGCACUCUCUAAAACUGUGGAACUUCUCCAAGGGAACACUGCUCCCAUCAGUCAAAACUAUUACGGCUGUCUCUUCCAUGAACUUUUAGCUUUCCAGCUUGCUGACCGGCGUCGACGGUGCGAGAGGGCAAAUCAGACGGUGAAAUCAACUGAUACAAUCGAUCUCACAAAUUCAGCCAUCUCUGUACUAAAUGGUGCUGAACUCUCCAUUGAUGGACCCGAGAACUCAUCCCUCAUCCAUAUGGAUGUCGACAAGAGCUUCCUGCCCAUUCCUCAUCCUGUCAAGGCUGCCAUCUUCGAAUCUUUUGCCCGACAGAACAUCGCUGAGGCAGAGUCCGAUGUUACCUCCAGCAUUAGACAGUUCGUUAAGAGCAACUACAGGUUUCCCGAAGAUAAUACGACAGAAAUCAUAUGUGCAGACAGUUCUCUGGCUUUAUUCAAUAAGCUGGUCGUGUGCUGCAUUCAGGAGGGUGGAACGCUAUACUUCCCAGAGGGCACAAACGGGAACUAUGUUUCCGCUGCCAAACUGUUGAAGGCGAGUAUCUCAACUGUCCCAACAGAGUCUGGAGAUGGAUUUAAACUGGCAGAGAAAUCACUCAGUAAAGCUCUCGAGACAGCAAAGAAACCGUGGGUCUAUAUUUCUGGCCCCACAAUCAACCCAACUGGCUUGAUUUACACCGACCAAGAGAUGAGAAGCGUACUAUCUACCUGCAGAAAAUUUGGAGCAAAAGUAAUUAUAGACACAUCUUUCUCGGGUUUGGAGUUUAACCGGGAGGCUUCGUGUUGUUGGGAUCUCGCUAGUAGUUUAUCAGAUCUCAGCGGCCCACCCUUGGGCGCCUUUCUGCUCGGGGAGCUAUCUCCAAAGAUGCUUUCUGGAGCACUCAAUUUGGGCUUUCUGGUCUUUAACCAGUCUACUCUGGUUGAACCUUUGUCCAGCUUUACAGGAUUGAACAAGCCUCAUGGAACAGUCAAAUAUGCUAUAAAGAAGUUGCUUGGUAUGAAAGAAGAAAAGACCGGGGAUCUAAUGGAAGCAACCGCGGAACACGUGAAAAUCUUGGAGGGCAGAUCCAAGCGAUUGAAAGAGGUGCUCGAGAAAAAUGGGUGGGAUGUCCUUGCACCUUCUGCUGGGAUUUCAAUGGUGGCGAAACCAUCUGCCUAUCUUGGCAAGUCUGUGUCUAUUAGGAUACCCCCCAAAGAUGGAGCAGCCAAAGAGGAUGCUGAACAGAACAUCAAGAUCGACGACUCAUAUAUCAGGGGAGCUAUAUAUGGAGCCACGGGCUUGUGCAUAAAUAGCAGCCAGUGGACCGGAAUCCCUGGUUACUGCCGCUUCACGAUUGCAGUGGAAGACCGUGAGUUUGAGCAGGCCUUGGAGUGCAUUGCCAAAUUCAAAGGCCUUGUUUCUUAACAACUCAGGCAUGGUCUUCUUCUCAUCCCAAUUCAUUAUGUUUCACGACUUCGAUGUCGCGAAAUAAGAUUGAUGCUGAUGAUAUGCAAACUUAUGAAGCUUGACUCAUACCUGUCCCCUGAAUCAGCAUCCUUCGGUCAUUUGCCAAGGAUCAUAAAUAAAUGCGUUUUGGGUUUGAUUA